UCAAACAGAGCACACUCUCCUCCUGUUAAAAACACACACAAGCAGCGUGAGCCGGUCAGUCUGAGAGAUAGAGGAGAGCGACAGAGAGUAACAGAACUUGACAAUGGCAGCAACCACAGAGACCUUUAACGGCAACGGCGCUUCCUUCCACGGCGUUCUCGACCGCGAUCGAUGCCUGACGGAUUUUGUGGACGAAGGGUCAGCACAGAGCUACAGAUACUACAUUUCUCGAAGGACAGUUUUGGAAAUGCUCAAAGACCGUGGUUAUGACGUGCUUGACUCAGAACUCAAUCGCUCGCUCACUGAGUUCCGUUCCGUUUUUGGAAAUAGCCCUGACCUUGAUAGCCUCCGCUUCUCUGUUUCUCUCCGCUCCAAUCCGCAUAAGAAGACCCUGGUGAUGUUCUUGGGAACUGAUGAAAUUAAAACAGCAAAUAUCAGGACUGUUUAUGGUCAGAUUCUUAACAAAGAGAGUCUACAUGGGCUCAUACUCAUCUUGCAAAGCAAAAUGAACCACUUUGCCAAGAAAGAGCUGGAGAAGUUUCCAUUCAAAGUGGAGGUUUUUCAAAUCACUGACCUGCUGGUGAACAUCACCAAGCAUGUUCUGCAGCCACAGAUGGAUAUACUGACCGCUGAGCAGAAGCAACAGGUUAUGAACAAAUACAAGUUGGAAGACAAACAGCUCCCAAGAAUGCUAGAAUCUGAUGCUAUUGUGCAAUACUAUGGACUGCAGAAGGGGCAGAUGGUGAAAAUUACAUACAGCGGUGAAAUUGUUGAUCACCUGGUAACUUACCGCUGUGUUACUUAAUGUGUUCUUUGAUGGUGUUGAUUUUAUCCAUAGAAAAGGGAAAAACAAAUAUUUUUUGCAUCAGUGACAAUCUAAAAUACAUUAAAUCAGAUAUAAUACCAGAAUAUGAUGUAGAUUUUGUUUA